AUGAGGACUCUUGCAGAGACCUGUGACCAGGAGCUGAAAACAGGUGCAAAGAACAAACGAUGUCUUCAGGGGAAAAGUCUACUGUGUACACUUCUUCUCAGUACUCUCCUUGGUUUUACACUGCUUAUCACCUACAUCAUGAUGACUUGUGGUCUAGGAUCCUGUGACGGUGAGCUGGGUCUUACAGUGUUGUCCAGACUCCUGAAUUCUAGGAAUGACACUGUAGACCCCUGUGAGGAUUUCUACAAAUAUGCCUGUGGGAGCUGGGAAGGCAAACACUCAAACAGAACCACAGAAGAAUCACUAAAUGUAUUUGAUGUCUUGUUGGAGGAAAACCAAUUGAUCCUGAAAAGGCUUUUAGAGGGCCCACAGUUUGGGAUAAGAGGCUCAGCUAAGGAGAAAGCAAUCCAGUUCUAUCGUUCCUGCAUGGAUACACAACGGAUAGAAUCCCAAGGAACUCAACCAUUGAAGGACCUCCUAAAUCAGGUUGGUGGAUGGAAUAUCACUGGUGUGGGGAAAGCAAAAGAAUUUAAUGAAAUUCUUCAGACUCUCAUGAGCAGAUACAGCACCUUUCCCUUUUUCAGAGUGCAUGUGGGACCUAGUCCUUUUGACCUCAAGACCAAUAUUAUUCAGAUCGACCAUCCUGAGUUUGAAAUGCCACCUGAGAGUAAAUUCAAAGAGAAAAAUUAUCCUGAGGUUCUCCGUGUGUAUCUCUCAUAUUUGAAGAAACUGGGAGGCUUACUUGGAGGGCCAGAGGAUGGUCCCCCUGAUUCCUUUUCCCUUACCUUGUCCUUCAUCUCUAACCUCCAGCGAGUUGUCACUCCACUGCAGGAAAGACAGCAGAGGGGGAUGCUGUUCUUUCACACUACCAUUAGGGAGCUACAGGAAAAGGCACCUGCUAUUGACUGGCUGUCAUGUCUCCAGGCUGUCUUCCAUCCUAUGCCAAUGAACCUCUCCCAGCCAAUUGCAGUGCAUGACAUGGAUUACUUAAGAGGCAUGUCACAGCUCAUUGAACAGUGGCGCAAGGAAAGGGUCCUUCACAUUUAUAUGAUUGUUUGUCUGGUUGGGAAUCUCUCCCCAGCCCUUGACAGUCGAUUCCAAGAUGCACGCCUGGAGCUAUCUAAGAUUCUUUAUGGAAAAAUGGUAACUAAAAUGAUCCCAGCUGAGCGCUGGAGGAAGUGCUUGACCGAUACCAGCUUUUUCUUUGAGCCAGUUCUAGGGCAGAUGAUUGUGCAAGAAAUUUUCCCUCAGCAGACCAAGAAACUUGCUGAGCAGAUGUUCUCUGAGAUCCAAGAUACCCUCUAUGGCCAACUGGAUCAGUUGGAGUGGAUGGAUGAACAGACUCGCCAAGAGGCUAAAAUCUUGGUUUCCAAACUACAAGUGGAGAUUGGCUAUCCAGCUCACAUACUCCAGACUGACAAAGUGAACCUGGAAUACCAGAAUUUGGAGAUAAAUGAAGACACUUUUUUCCUCAAUGUCGUGGCUUGCUUGAAAGUACUGAGGGAAAAUUCCUACUUGAAACUCCUUCAGCAUCGCUCACAGGAUAACUGGCAUGUAUCCCCCUGGACUGUGCAUUCAUACUACUCAAUAAGGCACCACAUGUUGGUCUUUCCUGCUGGAAUGUUCCGCAGCCCUUUUUUCCACAUGGAGUUUCCCAG